ACUAAGAAGAUGGCGGCGGCCCCGCUGUACUGUGUCUGCCGGCAGUCUUACGAUGUUAGCCGGUUUAUGAUUGAAUGCGACAUUUGUAAUGACUGGUUUCAUGGCAGCUGUGUCCAAGUGGAAGAGCACCAUGCCGUGGACAUCGAUGUUUACCACUGUCCCAAAUGUGAUGUCCAACACGGUCCCUCCUUGAUGAAAAAACGUAACAACUGGCACCGGCAUGACUAUACAGAGCCUGACGAUGGCAGCAGGCCGGUGCAAGCGGGGACCUCUGUGUUUGUACGAGAGCUGCAGAACAGGAUCUUUCCCAGUGCGGAUGAGAUCAUGGUGCAGAUGCAGGGCCAUCAGGUAACACAGAAGUACCUGGAGAAGCAGGGCUUCCACUACCCCAUCACCGUUCCCAAACUGGAUGGACUAGGUCUCAAGCUGCCCCCCUCCAGCUUCUCUGUAAGGGAUGUGGAGGAGUACGUUGGUGGUGACAAAAUCGUGGAUGUCAUUGAUGUUGCCAGACAGGCAGACAGCAAAAUAAAGCUUCGAGAGUUCGUCAAGUAUUACUACAAACCUUAUCGGCCAAAGGUGCUGAACGUGAUCAGUCUGGAGUUUUCAGACACCAAGAUGGCAGAGCUGGUGGUGGUGCCUGAUAUCGCUCAGAAGAUGUCCUGGGUUGAGAACUACUGGCCAGAUGACUCCUUCUUCCCCAAGCCUUUUGUCCAGAAGUACUGCCUGAUGGGGGUGAAGAACAGCUACACAGACUUCCACAUAGACUUCGGAGGCACAUCUGUGUGGUACCAUGUACUCUGGGGAGAGAAGAUCUUCUACUUGAUCAAGCCGACCCAGGCUAAUCUUGCACUAUACGAGGCGUGGAGUUCCUCCCCCAACCAGAGCGAGGUGUUCUUCGGCGACAAGGUGGACAAGUGCUACAAGUGUGUGGUGCCUCAGGGAACCACUGUCCUCAUCCCAACAGGAUGGAUCCAUGCUGUUCUCACCUCUCAGGAUUGCAUGGCGUUCGGGGGGAACUUCCUCCACAAUCUCAACAUAGGCAUGCAGCUCAGGUGUUAUGAGAUGGAGCGGCGGUUGAAGACUCCUGACCUAUUCAAAUUCCCUUACUUUGAGGCCAUCUGCUGGUAUGUGGCAAAGAAUCUACUGGAGACUCUAAAGGAGUUACGAGAGGAUAACUGCCAGCCCCCAGCCUACCUGACAGAAGGAGUGAAAGCCUUGAUUACUGCACUGAAGAACUGGCUGAAACGAGAGGUCACAGAGCCGGCCAGCGAGGUCCCGGACCAUAUCAGACCCAACCGUCUAAUUAAAGAACUCACAAAGGAAAUCCGCUACCUGGAGGAGGAGCAGCAGAGUGGCGCUGGAGGUAGCAAGCCAAUGAAAUCUCAGGGAAGUGGAGCAUGCCCGCUGACGCGGUCGACUCUGGACCGGGCUAGCCAUCAUGCUCGCAGGACUGCCAGACGGCUACGGCACCACCACCAUCAUCACCAUGCGCCCAAGACGCCCUCCAACCUGGAGAUCCUGGAGCUGCACACGCGACAGGUGCUCAAGAGGCUGGAAGUGGGACCCUUUGAGGAGGAUGCCCCCUUCAGCUCCACGGUGACGGCCAAGUUCAACAAGGCAUCUGUGGCAUCUGCUGCAGCUGUGGAGCGGAGCCUGGACAACAACCUCCGUUUGGUGAUGUGCCACGGCCGGAUUAUCAGAGAUGAGCGUUGUCACACCAGGGUGAAGAAUAGUCCGGUGCAGGAAGGUGAGAGGAAUGGUGGCCAGCAGUUGGAAGGGGUCCUGGUGAAAACAGAAAUCAAUGACACCAUGCAGGAACAGCACAGAGACCCAGAGAGAGGGGAGAUACCGAGCCCCCUCAGCAGUGAGUCUAACUGGUCAAGUCACCGGCUGUCAAUCAACGGUUUAGAGUUUUUCGAAAGAGUGAAUUCCGAUCUGAGGAAAGGAACCGCGGUGUACUCCGACAUCUCAGACUCUGAGUCCGAAGAGCGUUGCUCUACACAGAAAAGGGACUCUGGGAAGGAUUCAGGGAGCUCAGAUGAGGAGGAUAAGGAGCUGUGCAGGACGGAGCGAGGCACAGGCAGUGUGACGGACCUGCAGCAGGCCAGCCAGGCCCUCAGCCACCACCACAAACCACUCAAAGGAGAACAUCCUACCUCGCCAACCACAGAAGAGGAGGCUGUUGAGGGCAUGCUGUCCAUGGCAGGGCUGCUGUACCCUCAGCGACCAGAGGAGAGUAGCACUGCCCAGGAGCCCUGGUGGUCCAGCCCAGCCCAUCGCUGCCCUGACCGUGGUGAAAGAGAGCCUGCGUCAGGGGAGGAGAGCCAGGAUUCAGACAGCAACUCCACACUGAGCCUUCAGGAUGAGCGGAGGGCCCAGCAGCAUGUGCGUAAGGAGUGUCGAGCUGAACUCAGCCAGAGGAUCCAGGAGAACAAGAACUUCAUGGACAGUCAGAGCAGUGGGAGUAACAGCAGCGAGGCCUGGGGGGACCAGAGCCCCUCUCAGGCUGCCUCUAGCCCACUCUGCCUGGACCCCAGACCAGGGACUGACUAUCAGUACUGUGAGACCACUCUGUCACCCCCCCUGCAUCCCUCCAAGAGGUCCGCCCCAAACACCCCACCCAUCAGUAAUCAAGCGACUAAAGGAAAACGUCCUAAGAAAGGUAUGGCCACCACCAAGCAGAGACUGGGGAAGAUUCUCAAGCUGAGCAGGAACAACCACUUUUUGCUAUAGCACUCAAGACCCAUAUGUCUCCAGUAAAAACUUGAAGGGACAACUCGACCCCUACCCAUAUACUGAGGAUGCGUCUCUUUCAGCUUCGACUCUCACAUUCUAUCAAAAAUCAUCGCUUGGAUGGACUGCCCUGAAUCACUGACUCCACAUGCUAGAUGACAAAGACACGAGCGAGCGCACCAUUUCCCAUGGUGAAGUGAUGGUGCGCUGUAAAAACAACUGCUUGGAUUCUCAGCAGUGACAUUGGAUUGUAUAUGUUCUAGUCAUCAAAAGAGAGACACAGUAAAUUUGGCUUUGUUUGAGUUGAAGCACCGCAACAACACAGAAUUGUCCAAAGAUGCAUGGCAGUGGGAAUUUAAAUUACGUCUUUUGAUACAACAACUUUGCAUCUGAGCCACGCUUUUGUAUCUGUUUUGGCUGGUGCUUUACCCAAGGCUUGCACUAGCCCUUCCAACCAACACUACUUGUUAUGCCACAACAAGCAAAACAUGUUGUGCUUAAGCCGAGAAUGGCAAGUGAAGAUGCUGCUUUCUGCUACCUGGUUUUCAUCACCUCUUUGGGACAUUGUCUUGUGUUAGUCUGACUGAAGAGCAAGAAUGGUGCUAUGGUGUUGGAACAAAUUUGAAAUGGUGCUAUAGUGUAUAUUCAUGCUAUCCUUUUGUCUACCCUCCUGUCACGAUCACGCCAGUGAUUGCAUUUGAGAGAGGGGGGAGAUAUUUUGAUGCAGCACUCUAGUCACCUUGCCUUAUCAGCCUCCCAGUACGUAAAAAGCUAUCAUGAAUCCUAAUGCAUUAAGCCAUUCCAAAAAUACCUCUCCUACCACAUUAAGAGUACUGGUUCUGUUUACUUAAAGAGUUACGAGCCUUAUUGCGCUAUAGUUGAUCACUCUAUAGUUGAUCAUAUCAAAUGUGUUCCUUUGGUGCCAUCUAUUGGUCAAAUUAGGGCAGGUAGCUUGAGAGUGCUGUUAUUAUUAAAGGUUUCUGAAAUUGCAAAAAGCUUUUAUAUAAAGUAAAAAAUGUACAGAAUUUAUAAUAAGUUAUCCAUAAUUUAUUUCACUUUCUCUUUUGGUGUUUAUUGUUCUGUUUCUUUUGCUGGUAUUGAAUUGUGUAUUGAGGGGGGGAAAGUUAAUAAUGGCUAUAUGACUAUGACAAUCCUGUUACGAUGGAUAGUGUAACGGAUGUGGGAUUUUCUUCCCUAAGAGGCAAAGUAUACAACCUCUUACAUUUGUAUGGGUGGAUUUCAGCAAAAAUCUACAAAAGAUUAUACACAUUUCCUAUCUUCUAGUUGGGCUAAGAAUGAUACUUUGAUUAAAAAAGAUUGGUCAAGAAUAUUUGGCUAUUUGUAUGAAAUUGAAAGAAUAUUUAUUUUUUAAUAAAUGUGUCAAAGGAAAAAUCCACUCAACUGUAUUUUGGCUUUUUUUCUUUCAUUA